AUGGGUGUUCCAUUCUCACAAGAAGUCAAGACAGCCGUCGACCUCGCCAGUGAUCUCGCAACCGACCUGAGAUCCCAUGCCACAGUCGUACUUUAUGCCGUCGUGAUUGUUUCUGUGAUUCACACAGUCCUCCUCAGUCUAUUCCUUCUGGCUGUCAUUGGGCUUAUCGUCAGCGUGAAUCCGGAUCUUGCUGAAGAGAGGAAGGCGUUUGUAACGCCUGCGGUGAGGUGGAUUUUGUUUCCAUUGCGAGGGUGGAAAGCUGUGUUUGCUGGGACGGCCGGGAGGGAGCGGCCCCGUGGUCAGGAAUUUGAGAAUGAGAGCAGGAGCUCGAAUGAGAGUGCGAGAGGUCAGAGGCGGAGAAAAAUGUUUUCUGGCGGUGGAGAAUAA